AUGAGGGUGAUAGAAGUGAUCAUUGACGGCUUCAAGUCCUAUGCCGUGCGAACGGUGAUAUCAGGAUGGGACGAGAGCUUCAACUCCAUCACCGGCCUCAACGGCAGCGGAAAGUCCAACAUUCUCGAUUCAAUAUGCUUCGUUCUCGGAAUCACAAACAUGUCCACUGUCCGGGCGCAGAACCUCCAGGAUCUCAUAUAUAAACGAGGCCAAGCGGGCGUCACCAAGGCCAGCGUCACGAUUGUCUUUGACAACAGAGAUAAGAAGAAGUCUCCCAUUGGAUUCGAGGAGUAUGCCACCAUCAGCGUGACUCGACAGAUCGUUCUUGGCGGCACGUCCAAGUAUCUGAUCAACGGCCACCGCGCGCAGCAACAGACGGUUCAAAACCUCUUCCAAUCCGUCCAGCUGAACAUCAACAACCCAAAUUUUCUCAUUAUGCAGGGACGAAUCACCAAAGUCCUCAACAUGAAGCCCGUGGAAAUUCUGGCCAUGAUCGAAGAGGCUGCGGGUACGAGAAUGUUCGAAGAUAGGAGAGACAAAGCGUUGAAGACAAUGGCAAAGAAGGAAACAAAGCUUCAAGAGCUCAGUGAGAUUCUCAGAGACGAAAUCGAACCCAAGUUGGAGAAACUGCGCGGAGAGAAGAGAGCCUUCUUGGAUUUCCAGCAAACACAGAAUGAUCUAGAGCGGCUCUCCCGCGUUGUGGUAGCAUACGAUUACACCAAAUGUCAAGAGAAGUUGAAACAGUCCGCGGCUGAUCUUGAGGCUAAGAAGCAGCGCCAUCAAGGCCUCGAAAGUUCAGCCGCUCGUCUUCGUAACGAGAUUUCUCAUCUGGAAGAAGAUGUCAAGAGAAUACGAUCACAACGAGAUAAGGAGCUCAGGAAAGGUGGCAAAGCACAAGGUCUCGAGGAUACGGUGAAGAAGCACGCCAAUGAACUGGUGAGACUCACAACAGUCAUGGACCUGAAGCAUUCGAGUUUAAAUGAGGAAGAGGAAAAGAAAGCCGCUGUCGAGAGGACGGUGUCAGAAUUGGAAGCUACUCUCAAGAUAAAGACGGCAACAUUCGAUAACGUCAAGGCAAAGUGCGAAAAAGCCAAGGAUGACUUGGCAAAGCAGAGCACGGAAGCCGAAUCUAAAGAGGAGCUGCUGCAGACAUUGCAGACUGGAGUUGCUUCAAGGGAGGGACAAGAAAAUGGAUACCAAGGUCAACUCCAAGAGGCAAAAAAUCGCGCUACUGCUGCCGCAACCAUCCAGGAGCAGGCAAAGAUCAAGAUUGCACAUUUGCAAGGUCGAGUUAGGGAGGAGGAACCCCGAGCUCGGAAAGCCAAGGACCAGAACGCCGACCUCUUGCGUGAGCUGGAUGGUUUGAAGUUGCAGGGACAGAGGCUGGAAAAGGAAUUGAGCAAACUCGGUCUCGAGCCUGGCCAAGAGGAAGCAAUGUACAAGCAAGAGUCGAGUUUGCAGCAAACUGUCCGAAGUCUGCGGCAGGAUUGCGACACACUGAAACGACAAGUUGCCAACAUCGAGUUCAAUUACUCCGAUCCUAUUCCCAACUUUGAUAGGUCAAAAGUCAAAGGCCUAGUUGCACAAUUGUUCGCGCUUGACGGGGAGAGAACUCAAGCUGGAACAGCACUGGAAAUAUGUGCCGGUGGGCGACUGUACAAUGUCGUGGUUGACUCAGAAGUCACGGGCACGCAGCUGCUUCAAAAGGGCAGGCUAAGAAAGCGAGUGACAAUUAUUCCUCUAAACAAGAUUUCGGCUUUCAAGGCGUCAGCACAAACCAUUGCAACUGCACAGAGACUUGCGCCUGGUAAGGUUGAUCUCGCACUGUCACUGGUUGGCUAUGAUGAUGAAGUGGCCUCUGCAAUGGAAUAUGUCUUUGGCAAUACACUUAUCUGUGCGGAUGCCGAGACGGCGAAAAAGGUUACGUUUGAUCCCAAUGUAAGAAUGAGGAGCAUCACACUAGAAGGAGAUUCCUAUGAUCCUUCUGGAACACUUUCCGGUGGCAGUUCUCCAAACUCCAGUGGUGUUUUGGUGACAUUACAAAAGCUCAACACUCUGACUCGGCAGCUCCAUGAGGCUGAAACACAAUUGAAAGAUAUUCAGAUCAUGAUUGCCAGAGAGAAAUCCAAGCUAGAUCAAGCCCGUCGGAUCCAGCAAGAUUUAGACUUGAAGAAACACGAGAUCAAGUUGGCUGAAGACCAGAUUAGCGGAAACUCAUCUUCUUCAAUCAUCCAGGAAGUCGAAAACAUGAAGGCGACCAUUGCUGAGCUGCAAGCAAGCAUAUCCGACGCCAAAUCACGCCAGGCUGAGGCCAGUGCGGACAUCAAACGCAUUGAAAAGGAUAUGAAAGAUUUCGACAGCAACAAGGAUGCCAAGCUAGUAGAACUUCAGAAGUCUCUAGACAAACUGAGGGUGAGCCUCGAAAAGAACUCAGCAGCUGUUAAAACCCUACAAAAAGAGCUGCAGGGUGCUCAGCUAGAUCUAGAGCAAGUUGGGGGCGACCUGUCAGCGGCUCGAGAACAGCUUCAAGAAGUAGAAGUUGCCAUCAAGGCCCAGCAGAAGGAUAUCGAGGAUCUGGUAAAGCAGCAGGCCAAGGUGACAGAGACGCACAAGACCGUCCAAGCCGAACUUGAUGACGAGAGAGCCAAGCUGCAUCAAUUCGAUGAUGAACUUAAAGCCUUGGAGGAUGCCACACGCUCAAAGAAUGCACAGAUCACAGAAGAAGGUCUAGAGAUGCAGAAGCUUGGUCACCAAAUCGAAAAAUUCCACAAGGAACAGCAAUCCGCGGCGGAAAACGUUGCUCGGCUCGAAGCUGAAUACGAAUGGAUUCACGACGAGCAAGACAAGUUCGGCCGCAGUGGCACGCCCUACGAUUUCCAGCGCCAGAACAUCGGGGAGUGCAAAUCCACACUGCGGAACCUGACAGAGCGGUUCCAAGGCAUGAAGAAAAAGAUCAAUCCCAAGGUGAUGAACAUGAUUGACAGUGUGGAGAAGAAGGAAGUCUCGCUCAAACACAUGAUCAAGACUGUCAUCCGAGACAAGCGCAAGAUUGAGGAGACCAUUGUCAGCUUAGACGAGUACAAGAAGAAGGCGCUCCAAGAGACUUGGGAGAAGGUGAAUGGCGAUUUUGGACAGAUCUUCUCUGAGCUUCUCCCAGGAGGCAGUUUCGCCAAGCUAGAUCCUCCGGAGAACAAGACGAUCAGCGACGGUCUUGAAGUGAAAGUCUGCCUGGGCAAGGUGUGGAAGCAAAGUCUGACAGAACUCAGUGGUGGUCAAAGGUCACUGGUCGCACUGUCGCUCAUCAUGGCUCUAUUGCAGUUCAAACCUGCGCCAAUGUACAUUCUCGACGAGGUCGAUGCCGCUCUCGAUCUUUCUCACACACAAAACAUUGGACGACUCAUCAAGACGCGCUUCAAGGGCUCGCAGUUUAUCGUCGUGAGUCUGAAGGACGGCAUGUUCCAGAACGCUAACCGUAUCUUCCGCACACGCUUCAGCGAAGGAACGAGUAUGGUUCAGGCGCUUACGCCAGCGGACAUGAAAUGAUUGAAGCAAAGAAAAUGAUAUUAAAAGAAAGAAGAAAAAAAAAUUAACAAACUUCCGUAUACUCUAACUCUAGGACCAUGCGAU